AUGCCUCACUUCACCGUCCCCAUCAUCCCACCAGACUCCGGCCGCAAUUCUCCCAAAGAACCACCAGAGACGCUCUUCUCCGUCAGCGAACCACCCUACCAAGGCCAGCUCCCAACCAACACCUCCGCCUACCGCGCCACCCUCCCCGACACCGCCAUCGUAAUCGACAAUGGCUCCUCCACCAUCCGCGCCGGCUGGCAAACCGACGCCCUCCCACGACUCCAGUUCCCGCCUUUGAUGGCGCGCUACACAGAUCGCAAACUGAAUCGCAAGUUGAUGUUCAUCGGCUCGGAACUCUACUUCGAUGGAACGUCGCGUGGCCAGGCGAAGAAUGUGUACGAGCCGCAGAGCAGUAAUGUGGUGAACAACUGGGACGUGAUGGAGGGGUGCUUGGAUUAUGUUUUCAUGAAACUUGGGAUAAAGGAUCAGGAACGGAUAGACAGGCCCGUGGUUAUGACGGAGCCUUUGGCGAAUGUGGGUUAUGCAAGGAAGACGAUGAGCGAGAUACUGUUCGAGCUUUAUGGUGUGCCAGCUGCGGCGUAUGGGGUGGAUUCGUUGUUCUCGUAUGAUUACAAUGGAGGGAAGACGGGGCUGGUGGUGAGCAGUGCAAACAUGAGUACGCAUCUGAUACCGGUGGUCGACAAGCAGCCGCUCAUCAGCCAUGCGACGAGGCUGGAUUGGGGCAGGAGUCAGUGCUCAGAGUACUUGGCGAGAUUGUUGAGAGCAAAGUAUCCUGGGCUAUUGACGACGGGAAAGGUCAAUGAGACGCAGAUCGAGGAUCUGGUCAAGAGUCAUUGCUACGUCAGUCAGGACUAUGAUGGUGAUACUCUCAAGAUGCUGGAGUGGACAGGACUGGAGGACCGAGAUCAUGUCGUUCAAUUGCCAUUCCAGGAGAAAGAGGUGGUGCAGAAGACGGAGGAAGAGCUGAGGAUAGCAGAAGAGAAGAGGCGAGAGGGUGGGCGGCGAUUGCAAGAGCAAGCUGCGAAGAUGAGACUCGAGAAGCUCAUACGCAAGGAGCAGGAGCUAGAGUACUUCAAGCAGCUGCAGCAGCAGAUUGCGGAAGCUACAACGAAGAAAGAGAUCAGAGCCCUGCUGGAUGAGGAAGAGUUCAAGGAUGAGCAGCAACUUGAUCGAAGGAUAAAAGAAAUGGAGAAGAGCAUUAGGAAGCAGCGGAAUAAGGAUGUUGGCGAUCUGGAAGAAGAGGCAGAAGAGCCGCCGUCAUAUCCGCUUCUUGGCGUUCCUGAUGAAGAGCUCGAUGAGGACGGCAUAAAGCAGAAACGCCAACAGCGUCUGCUGAAAAGCAACCACGACGCACGAGCACGUGCGAAAGCAGAAAAGGAAGCAGGGAAAGAGCGGCAAGCAGAGAUCCAACGACAAGACGACGCCAGACGGGAAGCAGAUCUUGAGGAAUGGGUCGGCGAACGGCGCGCAGCACGGCAGGAAGUCAUCCAGAAGAUGAAGGAACGUGAACGACUAAAGGCAGACCUCUCCAAUCGCAAAUCGCAGGCCUCGCAAAUGCGCAUGAAGCAUAUCGCGAACCUAGCCUCCGACAACCCGAACGGUCGGAAACGAAGACGCGGCGGCAACGACGAUGACGGCUUCGGUGCGGACGAUGCGGAUUGGAUGAUCUACCGCGAAAUCCAAGCUGGUAAGAAUGACGAUGAGGAAGACGACGAGGAAGAGGAUCUAGGUGGGCAAUUGAAGAAUAUCGAGAAACAGCUGCUGCAGUACGAUCCGGACUUCACGGAGCAGAGUACACAGGAGGCACAAAAGGAUUGGACGAAAUCGUUGCUUCAUGCUUUCAGCCGUGGACCUUUCCCAUUCGAUCCGGAGAGCGCGAAGGAGAGUGCACAAUUCCACCUAAACGUGGAACGCAUUCGAGUUCCGGAAGUCGUCUUCCAGCCAUCCAUCGCAGGGGUCGAUCAAGCUGGCAUCGUCGAGAUUGCGGAAGAUAUCCUGAUGCAACGCUUGUCCAGCCACGCCUCUCGCGAUGCGAUCCUCAAGGAUGUCUUCAUCACUGGCGGCUACAGCCUAUUCCAAGGCUUCGAGGAGAGGUUACGGACCGAACUCAGGGCUGUUCUACCCGCAGAACUACAACUUGGUAUCAGGAAAGCGAAGGACCCUGUCCUGGACGCGUGGAAGGGGGCGGCGAGGUGGGCUGGCAAGACUGAGAACAGACAAAGCUUUGUUACGAGAGAGGAGUUUCUGGAGAAGGGUGGGGAGUAUAUCAAGGAGCAUGGAUGUGGGAAUUUCUGGAGCUAA